AUGCUGCUGAGCCCGAGCCGCUGCCGGCUCGGAGCGCGCCGGCCCGGGCCCGCCCGUAGCCCGGGGGGCCCCCGCACCGACUACUGCGGCGGCCUGCCCCAGCCGCCCCCGCCGCCCGGGGCGCCCCGCCGCUCCGCUCUGCCGGCCGCGGCCCAGCCGACAUCCUGGCCCGCCUACAAGCUGCAGCGGGACCGGGACUUCGAGGACCCCUACACGGGGGCUGGCCGGGGGCCUCGCGCCCGACGCCCGCUACGGCUCUCCAAGCCACCGGCUCAUCAAGGUGGACGCAGCGGAGAAGGCGCCCGAGGAGCCCGCCCGGAGCAGGUGAUUGUCCUCGAGGACUAUGCAGAUCCCUUUGAUGCCAAGCAAGCAGCCAGUGGCCAGCCGGGGCAGGAGAAGGUGGCAGAAAAUGAUGGGUACAUGGAGCCCUACGAAGCCCAGAAGAUGAUGGCUGAGAUUCGCCUGAAGGGCUCCCUCGAGGCCCCCGGCCAGCCGCUGCCCCUGUACGACACACCUUAUGAGCCAGUGCCCAAUGGGCUACCCCCAGACAGCGAGCACCCAUCCUGUGUCCGGCCCCGGGAGUCGCGGCUGCCCCAGGACGAUGAUCGCCCACCCGAGGAGUACGACCAGCCCUGGGAGUGGAAGAAGGAGCGCAUCUCCAAGGCCUUUGCAGUUGAGAUCAAAGUGAUCAAAGACUUGCCAUGGCCUCCCCCCGUUGGACAGCUUGACAGCAGUGCAAGCCCCCCCGACAGCGAGGCCCACGCCCCUGCGCACCCCCGCCAGCCCCAGCACAGCCAUGAAGACACCAACGGCCACUGUGAGGGGCCAGGGCAUGGCCACUUGUCGCCCAGCAGGGAGGAGAAGGCCCGAACUGCGAACAGACAUGUGAGUGGGAACCCCAAGACAGAGCCCAGCCCGGCCCUCGGGGAGAGGAUCAACCCCACCCUGCCUCUGGAGAGCCAGUGCUGGUACCAUGGGGCGAUCAGCCGGACGGAUGCUGAGACCCUGCUGAGGCUGUGCAAGGAGGCCAGUUAUCUGGUGCGCAACAGCGAGACCAGCAAGAACGACUUCUCUCUCUCCCUCAAGAGCAGCCAGGGUUUCAUGCACAUGAAACUCUCCCGCACCCAGGAGAACAAAUACGUGCUGGGCCAGAACAGCCCCCUGUUUGAAAGUGUGCCCAAGAUCAUCCACCACUACACCAACCACAAGUUGCCCAUCAAGGGGGCUGAACACAUGUCCCUGCUCUACCCAGUGGCUAUCCGAACUCUAUAGCCUGCUGUGCAGCAAGGAGGUGCCCAGGGAGCACCCAGCUUGGGCCUGGCAUGCACGCAGCUCCCCCAGGCAGAGCCAAGGAAGGGCUCUGGACAGCUGGCCAAAGUACAGACUCACUGGUACAGCUGGCUCUGGGCCCGGCGCUGGGAGUGGCUGGACCACAAGCUGCACUCUGGAUUCUUGCCAACACAGUAGGGCGCUUCCCAAACCCUAGGGGAUGCGCCCCUUCUCUGGGACCAGCUUGUGUAUAUACCCCAUGGAAAGGGCCAGGUAUGACUACCACUGUGUCUACCGCCCGCUCGCCGGUCUUCUGCCUGCAGGCCUGGCCCAGGUGGCUCCCACGGUUCCCGUUGCCAAGACUGGGAAAAGAACAGGGGCGUGGGCUUUGGUGGAGUCCCAGAGACCAAGGGGGGAAUUG